GACCACGACGAUCGGCCGUGCCACGCAGUUUCUCUGCGCUCGUCUCUCGGUGAGGGCGUUCUUCCGAAGACAAAGCUGUGUUGUGGUCUUUUGGGAGGCAUCGGAGAUUGGUAAGGGCCGACGCUGAGAGAUUCAAAAGCAGAGAGAGAGGGGAGAAAUGGGGGGCACAAUCUCCACGCUGGUCUUCCAGCCCCCGCCGGCGACCUUUCUGCACAACAAGAAGCACUUCUGGCUGCAGACGCGGAAUCAGCACCGUAUUCCUGUGUUUCACGUCGAACGAAGCUCGCAGAUUACGAUUUUGUUUAGCCACGGGAACGCUGAAGACCUCGGCUUGAUCUACGAGUGGUUCUACGACUUCAGCCGACAACUGAAUGUGAACGUGUUAGCGUACGAGUACUCGGGGUACGGGAAGAGCGAGGGGACCGUGUCUGAGGACAACUGCUACGCCGACAUCCGCGCCGCGUACGACUACCUGACCACGCAGAAGAAGACGCCUCCAAAGCAGAUCGUGCUGUACGGGCGGUCACUGGGGAGCGGCCCGACGUGCCAGCUAGCGCAGGAGCUGGCCGCGGCCGGCGUGGAGUUGGGGGGCGUGAUGCUACAGAGCCCCCUGGCCUCCGCCUUUCGAGUCGCGUUCAACUUCCGCUUCACGAUGCCGGGGGACAUGUUUCCCAACAUCGACAGGGUCAAGGGGGUGGCGUGCCCGAUGUUCAUCAUCCACGGGACUAGGGAUGAGGUAGUACCGUUCUGGCACGGCCAAGAACUGUUCCUCGGAACGCCGACGAAAUGGCGGGCAAAACCCUUCUGGGUCGACGGCGCGGGGCACAACAACAUCGAGGCGUUGCUGAGGGAGGACGGGACGCUGUUCGAGCGGAUGAACGAUUUUCUGGACAAGUGGGUCAGGAACGACCUCUCCGCCGACUUCAGCAGCGCCAGCUAGUAUGCGUAGGUCUCCGAAGGCUGCAGUGCACAGCUGUCAAGCCAAGGGGAAACUUGAGACGCUCAUUGGGGAACCGACGCUCGUAAAGCCAAGACUUUCGGGCGGAGAAACGCUAGCUAGAGACAAGCUGGCGAAGGCUACAUUUUUUUUGUUGUAUCAAUGGAGAACCUUGUAUGGCUUCUGGGUUGGGUGUCGGGUGGUGAGCGUACAGUACUGUGUACGGGGCUUGUUUUGGGGUUUGGGCCGGUGGGCAUGGGCGAGGGUACCGACAAGGAACACGGCAAAAGGGGGGCAAUAGUAACCAAAAUACGUUUGUACAUUACUCAAGAAGGCUGGGAUUCGUUAUUUUUUUUGUGAAGGGGCAAGGGACCGGACGCGUCAGGACGCGCGGCGCAGCUAUGCAAACGAGUUUUUGAGGCGCACUUUGGUUCGGGCGGCCUCCGGCGGCUGGAUCUGUACGGCGCUCCGAGAUGGAAAUGUUGGCAACGGUUGCGUGCGUUGUGCCGCACCGCGCUGGGUGUUAUUUUAAUAUCGGCAUUUUUAGGAAUAGGCUACCGGUUUUGUGUUUCUGGUUCUUGUUGGUGGUCUCUCAGUAUCCUUGGUAUUGCAGACGGGUACGUGUCGGAACGGUUCAUGAGCGAGAAAAUAUCAGAUGGAACGCAGAGGGGAGCUAACGCGUGUGGCAGGGUGGCCGGCGA